AUGGCAGACCCUUCAUUGACGCCGGCGCAAGCCACGAAGAUCGAUGCUGAUCCCGCAGGUGACCUGGUGUUGGUCAUCGGCUCUGGCGACAAUCAGAGAUCGAUCCGAGCUUCGUCUAAGGUACUCAGCUUAGCCUCGCCUGUCUUGGCUGCGAUGUUCAGUCCUCGUCGUUUCUUGGAGGGUACCUCUCUGUCCUCUUCAAAUCCUCCAGAGAUUUAUCUUCCAGAGGAUGAUCCCGAGGCAGUCACCAAGUUUUGUCACAUCGUUCACUUCCGAGAAUAUCAUGGCAAGCAACCCGGUCCUUCGUUCAAUCAGCUCAGGGAUAUGGCACCUUUUUGCGACAAGUAUGACGCUGGGUUAGCGUUCAAUCCCUGGAGCGAGCUAUGGUUGCAUGCCCGCUUAGGCUCCGAAACACCUGGAGGCUACGGAACCUUGCUGGCCCUCGCGUAUGCUUUCGAUAACCAAGAGAAUUUCUGGACCAGCUCUCGUAACAUGAUACAGUACGACACGGUCGAGCGUUCGCGUGAUACAAUAGAUGAGCUUUUUACAUUGCUUCCUCAGGGCUUGUACGGUAAGCUGGCUGUCGACCCCCUAAGUUGGCAAAACCCAGACCUGUUCAGUACUAACUAUCCUUCUUUCUAUAAAGCAUCAAUCGACCAAGAUCGCAAGUCUGGUCUACUUGACCUUUCUUCAGCGGUGGAACACAUCAUGGCUCGAUUCUUUCAGGACAGCCCUAGAAAUUUAUUGUCCGAGAUCAUUCAGGUUAGAGCCGGUUAUGUCUUCAAAGAACUAUAUCGGCUCAAUAUUUGGCCAAUCUCAACUCGUGUCGAAUCAAGCAACUUGGACCGUAUCCAGAGAGCAAUUACCAGUUUCAUUGAGCAGGAAAACGCCGCCUUCAAACAGCAGUUGAUAACUGUAGUAGACAGGGCGGUGGACGCGCAGAAAGGUCUUUGCCUCUGGUGUGUACGAAAAGGAAACAUCCACUCGCACCAAGGCAAUUGCCAUGCCCGUCUUCGAUAUCUUUGUACUGGCUAG